CUUAACCAUAACAAGUCAGGGAAAACUGCACACGACUUCUUACGGCGGCGCAUCGCCAUGGCCGACGAAACACUCAAUCAAGCCGAAACCGCCGCCAACGACAAAAAGUCCGAAUCUUGGGCCCAGCUAGCGUGGACCCACUUGGAAUGUGUACGGAAUUCGUCUUCACCGCCGCUAAUUCAGUGCAUCACAAACCUCGUCUCCAUGGAUUUGGUCGCUAACGUCCUGCUCUCCGCCGGCGCUUCUCCGGCUAUGAUACACUCCGUCGAAGAGAUCCCAGACUUCACGCCCAAGGUCCACGCUCUCUACAUCAACGUCGGAACCCUCACGCCGGCCUGGCUACCGGCGAUGAAGAUGGCCGCGGCCUUCGCCAAUGAGUCCAAAAGGCCGUGGGUGCUCGACCCCGUCGCCGCCGGAGCUUCCGCUUUCCGGCUGAAGGCGUGCUUGGAGCUGCUUACUUUGGGUCCCACUGUUGUUAGGGGCAAUGGGUCUGAGAUUUUGGUGCUUUUUAAUGGCUCUGCUAAUGCCAAUUUUAAGUUUGGAGAGUUUAUCAACCACUGUUUGAUGUUAUAUGGUGUGCUUCAGCCUAUAUUUUUUUCUUUGUAAAAAGAGGAUUAAUAGUAGUUACACAAUUACCUGUUGAAAGAAAAGUGACUUACCAACUAUGCUUCAAUGAUUCUCUAUCAGCACCAAAUCAUCUAUUACAGCAUGGAUAUUGUGGAAUCCAAAUAACCAGAUUUGAAGCCAUUUGUAUCCAAAUCAUCAUCUCUUAAGUAGCUUCUGCUGCUGCAUUAGCAAAGGGAAACAGAGCGAAUAACGCCUCUUUUAGAACAGCCGCCUGCAUUUCAUGUACUUCGUUUCAUGCUCUCCUGAUUCUUUGCUUGAAUACAAAA